GAUUCAAAGAGCCGACUCCUUCGCGAGUCACCUCACUAGUGUGUUCCCGUUUGGCAGUAUACUUCUGCAGGCUUUGCGCAGUUUGUGAGAGCAAUGUCCCAGACUUAUGUUGUGCAGUUUAACAUACAUGACCUUCAUUGUUUUGCCAGCGAUGUAAUAUAUAAACACUACUGAAGGAUCUGCAGAUGAAAGAAAUAGCAAAAUACAUCGGAUCGGAAGUUUAUGGUGUAGGAAAGCUUUGUUGUACCCUGGAUAUGGCUUGUUCUACCACACACAGCCAGGAAAAUACAUCCUCAGGAGAAUCAGAUGAUGAGCUAUUUUUUGUUGGGGUGUCGGAUAUCUCAAAGCAAGCUUCCCGUCUUAACCUUAGCGACAAACCAUGGUCAAACCCCAAAGGAGAGAGAAAGCAUGUGAAGAUUCUUCCCCCUAGUCCCACGGUGCCACAACUGAGACCGACAGGCCGCAGUUUCUCCUGUGAACCUCCUCCCAAACCCAUCAUCCAGCGCCGGACCCAGUCUCUGCCGUCGCCUUCAGAAAGGCGGAGGCUCAGUCGGAGAAUCGGGGUCCGGUUUGUGGACUCACUGGGAAUGGACCUCGAAAAUGUUAAGGUUUUCAAAAGUGGAGAAGACCCGUUUGUACCAGAACAUGUUCUGUUUAGACUUUUGAUGAACGCAGAACUCGCAGCCAACAAGAGCUUGGAGAUUUCCCUACCCUAUUUGAAACCUGUGUUCACUGAGCAACCUGGUGACUGUUCCAAGUUCCUGGAACGUUUGUGUAACCAGAAAGUGUGCCUGGAACGUGUUUUAUGCUACGAGCCCGGCAUCAUUGGGAUUGUCCAAGUGGUCAACCUGGCCUUCGAGAAAGAGGUGAUCAUUCGGUACUCUUUCACAAACUGGAAGAGCUGUGCUGAAAACAAGGCUUACUGGAUUGCCAAUAAAUACUUCGAAGGCCUUUCCAGUGGAUGUAGCUGUGACAGUUUUCGGUUCCAUCUUCCAGUUCCACCGUUCAUCCUACACCCUGGAGCAGUGCUGGAGUUUGCGAUCUGUUAUAAAGUGCAGGGCACUCAGUUUUGGGACAACAAUGAGGGACAAAAUUACAAGUUAGUCUGCCAGAGCUACAAAAUCCCUGUGCCCAAGGAAUGUGAAGAUAGCAUGAUACAUUUUGUCUGAGUGCUCUACUGAGUCAUUGUAUGUACUGUAUACACUCAGUGGCCACUUUAUUCACUACACCUGCCUUUUUAUUUGGUAAAAUUAUAUGCUGUAGAUGCACUUUGUAGGUAUACGUUUAGUGAAUGUACACCUUUUUUUUUUUAAUGCACUAUUUGUUAAUCAGCUUUUCAUUAGCGUAAAGGGAUUAUCACAGGGCAAUCUCUGACAAGAUAUUAUUUGGGUGGUGGACCAUUCUCAGCAUAUCAGUUAUACUAACGUGGUAAUGGUGGUGGCACAGUUUUGUGUGGGUGUGUGUAUGUGUGUGUGUGUGUGUGUGGGUGUGUGGGUGUGGUAUUGGUAGGAGUGUCUCAGGCGCAGAAGUAUUGCUUAGGUUUUAGCACUAUGUACACUUAACCUAAUAAAGUGGUCACUGAGUGUCCGCUAUUCACCAGCACAUGUUUACUUUAUUAAAAUCGAGUUACAAUCUGUUUGCCAAAUCAUCUGACAUAGUUGUUGAAAGAGUCAGGACUCAGGUAUCCAAAUAACUAUCAUGACUAUGUACUUUUGCAGUUCUAUACAGCUGUGCCACCAGUCUGACUUUUUGUCACAGAGCAAAAUAUGAGUGCAGUGUUUGUUUAACUUGUUGUUAAACUACUGAGUAGAAUGUAGGCUAUAUUCCUUUUUCUUUACAAAAAUUAUGAGUUAUAAACCUCUAAAUCACUAUUUGCCAAAUCCUCUUUUAUCUGAAGUGCCUGAGAAAUGGUUAUAAGUCACAAAAUUACAUUAAACUCACAGUUUUGUAUACUAAGCAAUAAAUUCUUUACUCUA